UGUGAGGGGCGGCUGAUUGUCCAUCAUGACGUCCUUGUAGAGAUCCUUGUGUCCUUCUAAAUACUCCCACUCCUCCAUGGAGAAAUAGACAGUGACACCCUGACACCUUAUAGGAACCUGACACACAAUGAUACAGUCACCAUCCAGACACAUCCCUUGUCUGUUACUGGAGAAUGUCCCAGAAUUCCCGGCACCGCUCACCUCUCCUGUCAGCAGCUCCAUCAUCUUCUUGGUGACUUCUAGAAUCUUCUGCAUAAUCCCCCUCACCUCUCCGGUCAACAGGUAGAUGAUCUCCAGGGUGAGGUUUAGUAUCUUCUCAGUCAUGUGACUCCGGUCCUCCUCCAUCCUCAUUGGUGCCAUCAU